UCGAUUACCAGUGUUUUGUUGUUAUCUUCUGAAUGCAGUUUGAAGAUUGAAUUGGUUUCCCUCAAUAAACUAUUUAAUUAUUUCAUAUUAUUUUUUUACGCUAAUUACUCUUGUCAACAAAAUCUGAUUUCAGUACAAGUAUGAUUCUUGGAGGGUCACCGCAAGAGUUUAUACCUUAUGGAAGAAAACUUCUUCCUUACCAUCCAAAACAACAUUAUGCUGCUCCAUCGGGUAAAGGUGAUAUUGGUUUUAGUUCCGUUGAAACUGCUCCAAGUCGAGAUAAUUUUCUUUCUAUUGACUCAGUCAGCUUAAAGGAUUCAUCAGCCGUUGAAAAAUGGAUACUUCGAGGCUCUGAUGCCGGUGAAGAAGAAUUGUAUACAUGUGAUAAUGUAGUUGUACAUAGUGUCUCCGAUGGCGAAUCCGGCUGUCGAUUGCUUCGGAGUUUUACCUUAAAAUCAAAAGUUCAACAAGCUACAUGGUGCUGUUUUUACGAUGAAACGAAGGAUACAACUAUUGAAUGUAUAUGUGCCAUUGAUGAUAAAAACCUGGAAAUAUUUUCAGAAGAAGGAGAUAAUUAUCCGAUUACUCUGCCAUUUCAGGUUUCCAAACUGAUACCCACUAAAUUUGGCUUACUCUUGGAGAGAGUUCCUCAGUCAAAUGAAACAAAUUCCAAUUCGCCUUACCCAUCUUAUCCUAUUCUGUAUUUUCUAGGUCACCCAUUCAAAGAUAUUGGUCCAGUUAUUCUCAAACCAGUGCCAACUAACAAUAACUCUCUUACUUAUCUAACUAUGUCCAACAGAUUGGAACUAGUGUUCUUUGACAAAAAAACAAAUCUUUGUUUGUUUUACCACAAAACAGAAGGGACUCAUAGCGUCUGGCGUCUUCGUAAAGCUUUAGAAUCCGAAAUUGAGACUAUAACGAGUAAUAACUGUUCACGAUCAAGUAUUGAUCCUAUGUCCCGUUCUUCUUCAUUCAUCGAUUCACCUUUGGUCUCGAGUUUGAGACAAUCAACCGGCCUUUUUCCUUCAAAUAUUUCUUCUCCAUUUCGUGACAUCUCGUCCAGAAAACUGUCUUCACCUAUAAUCAAUCAAGAUCGAAGUUCGCCUUGUUGUUCACCUCAUGUUCUCUCCCCUUUAAGAACUAGUCGAUUAGGCGCAUCACCAGCUUCGCCUAUGGUACAUCGAGGCUAUUCAACUCCUACCACUUCGAAGAUUAAUCAGCCUUCUAUUUCUACGGUAAAGCCAGAAAUAGCAUCUCCCUUAGAACGUAUUUCAACUCCAGCAAGGUCUUUUCUUGCUAUGGAUUUUUUUGAUGAUAUCGAUACUCCAAUAUUACUCGAAGUCUGCAUAGAGCAUAUAUGGAGUGAACCUGCUCAUGGUCUUACCGGAAAAACACGAAAAGCUUUUAUUGCUGCGGAUCUCAUGGGUCAAAAUUUCAUGUCUUAUCUUUUGGGACCUCAACAACAAUUGAAACUCAUUCGUUUUGAUUCAAGUAAUGAUGGAAAACGCAUUAUUUUCGGCCCACUGAAUUUAAUUAGUGCAAAAGACGCUGAACCUAUUGAAAGUUUGAACAUGAUUUGCGUGUUAGAUCCACUCAAUAACAUUAUUCUUUACAGUGGUACCAAUAAGGUCAGUGCAGUUCAUGUGCCUUUCCUUAUUUCACCAACAUCUGGCUUAGUAACUUCGCCAUCUUCCUCUAAAUCUUUUUCAAUGCAACAAACUGUCAUGAGACGAGGCAAUCUUACAUCUUCAAGUCGACCCUCAAGCUCUUUGAGCCAUCAGCCCAGAUUUUCAGCUGAAGAUGAACUUUCUCCAGUUCUCCAUGAUCAAAGUAGUUCAACAGUUUUCGAUCCGGAAUCCAGUUUAACUACAUUUUCGUAUAAAUCUCUUGCUACGAUAAACGCUGUUAAAGAUAAUGUUAAAAAUCGCAUCACAAUCGAAACCAACCAUAGCAUUAACUUUAGGUUAUCUUUACCGCCGAUUGCAACCUCAAGCAUAGUUGAACUUUGUUUGAAAGCACUAAAAGCAGUUCUUCCCCGUGACAUAGGAAUCCAACUAGUAAUAAAAUGGUAUUCACUUCGAAAUUCACCUGGGACCUAUGAAUUCACUCCAGAAAAAGAACUAGAUCUUUUCAAAUUGUGUCUUUUGUCAUUGAUUGGUUAUGAUCUCGAUCCAAAUGCUUUUGAUAUGGACUUUUAUAGCACGAUAUCACCAUCAUCUGCCAAAAAGUCAAAGAUGGAAUCCGACGAAAGAGGUUCCGAUGAAGAUUGGUAUUGGUUACUAUCUAAUUCACCAUCAUCAACUAAAAGAACUUUUAUUCGUCGUUCAGCAGCAGAUAUUUGCAAACCAAUAAACCCUUCAAAUCCUCUUUUUCCAUAUCUUCCGUCGAUUCUUUUCAGUUUGCACCUUAUUCACGAAGAACUUCUAUUGAAUAUUUUACUUAAAGACUAUGCUCCUCAACUAUGUGAUAUCAUUUACAUGAUUGCCAGUGAUCUUAAACUUAUCUCUUACCAAGAUUAUUACUGGAGGAUGGCCCCUAAUGCCUGUUCUUUGUUAAAUUGUCCUCCUCGAAUCACGAAGAAAGAUUUUAAAUCUUUAGUUCAUCCAAGUUUUCUCACAGACUCUCCCUCUAUUGUUUACAACCAUCUACAAUCAUUGCUAACUAACAAUGUAACAAACUGUUUUCCAUACAUUCCAGAAGUUACCUUAUCUAUUCGUAGGUUAGUUUUGAUCUACUCGUGUUUCAUGGUCGAAAAUUUAAAUGAAAGCAUGGUUCUAUCUCCAGUUAAUCAUAUGAGACAAGAUGGACGUUACGUAGGCUUAGAAGUUAAUUUCCAAGGAUCUGCACAAGAGAGGAUAAUUGUUUGUAUGAAUAAGUUAGGAAUGACUCAAAAUGAUCUCAAAUGUAUUCCACCAGGUCUAGUACUUCCUCUUUGGAGUGCUAUCUUUCACUGUAAGCCUGAUCCACCGGUAACGUGGAAUGCUGACUGUUAUACUUUAAUAGGGCGAGAAGAUCUUGCCAGUCUUUGUGGGGCUAAAGGUCCAAAAUAUCCACUGGUAGUUAAAGAAGUUUUAAAUAUUGACAAUGAUGAAGAUGGUCUUUGUGGGUUGAACCGAGAAGCUUUAUCUCUGCUGUUUCCUGAAGAUCAAAGAGUCGACGAAGCUUACGAAAUGCUACAGUCAUCAAAACCAGUUUCGAUCACUAUUCAACAAAGACCUGGUGUUUCAGACAAUGAAUUCAUCGAAGAACAAGAAAGACAUCUUUAUACUCUUUGUAUUCGAACUAUGGCUUUACCAAUCGGAAGAGGAAUGUUGACUUUGCGUACAUUUAAACCUGUCGUUGCUAAAACCUUCCAUAUUCCUAAACUGUGCCUUGGUGGACGAGUGCCUCCUCGAAACACUAUUAUUGAACUAGCGCAUAUUGAUAUCCCCAGCAAUAUGAAUGUUUGGCCAUCUUUUCACAAUGGAGUCGCUGCCGGACUCAAAGUUUGUCCAAGUGCCUCCGAAACUAUAGACUCUCAUUGGAUAACCUACAACAAGACUAAGAGCAAUUCUUUGUCUAAUGAUAAUCAAAAUGAGCAUGCUGGUUUUCUAUUCGCUUUAGGACUUAAUGGACACCUUUCCAAGCUUUCGACAAUGAACAUUCACGAUUAUCUAUGUAAAGGAAAUGAAUUGACUCGUGUAGCUGUCCUUUUAGGAUUAGCUGCUGCUAAAAGAGGUACAAUGGACAUUAGUGUUGAAAGGAUACUUUCAAUUCAUGUUGAGGCUCUUUUACCAUCAUCUUCAAUUGAACUAGAUGUGCCUCCUGUUGUCGAAGUUGCUGCUAUCCUCGGUGUUGGUCUUUUAUAUCAGGGUUCAGGUCAGCGCCAUAUCGCUGAAAUGCUGCUCGGUGAAAUUGGUCGUCCUCCUGGACCAGAAAUGGAACAUUACAUUGAUCGUGAAAGUUAUGCUUUAGCUGCUGGACUUGCAUUUGGUUUAGUCACACUUGGUAAAGGUAAUGAAAUGAUUUCCACAGUUGCUUCUUCCGAAGGUGUUUCCAUGGCUGAUGAGAUGUGUAACUAUAUGAUUGGAGGUCAUAAAAGAGCGUUAACUGCAGCUCAAAAGGAAAAAUAUAAAACUCCAAGUUACCAAAUCAGGGAGGGAGAUUAUGUUAAUUCCGAUGUUACUAGUCCUGGAGCAACUUUGGCCCUCGGAAUGAUGUUUUUUGACACCAACAAUGAAGCAGUUGCCAAAUGGGUUACGGCACCAGAUACUCAAUAUCUAUUAGAAUCAGUUCGUCCAGACUUUCUUCUACUUAGAACCUUAGCGAAAGGAUUAAUUAUGUGGGGCUCAAUCAAACCAACACGAGCAUGGAUUGAUUCUCACUUACCCAAGAUCGUAUCUGAUAAUGCGUUGGUUAAGGAGGUUGAUUAUAACUCCCGUAUCGAUUAUGAAACAAUGAGUCAGGCUUAUUGUAAUAUAAUUGCUGGUGCUUGCAUGGCAGUGGGCUUGAAAUAUGCUGGAUCUGCCAAUAAGGAAGCAUAUGAUUCAAUAUUUUCAUUAGUAAAUGUUUUUAUAAAUCUUCCCAACGAACAAGUUUUGGCCGAACAAGCUGGGCGCAGUACAAUAGAAUCAUGUCUCAAUGUCCUUAUUAUCUCAUUGGCAAUGAUUAUGGCAGGAACUGGCAAUGUUGAAAUAAUGAGAAUUUGCCGUUAUCUUAGAUCAAGAAUAUCUCAAGUUAACGUUGUUCUUUAUGGUUCUCAUAUGGCGUCACAUAUGGCAUUGGGUUUGCUAUUUCUUGGAGGAUGUCGUUACACUUUAAGCUCAUCUCCAGAAUCAAUUGCUGCUCUUAUCUGUGCCUUUUUCCCAAAAUACCCUAUCCAUAGUAAUGACAAUCGUUAUCACCUUCAAGCUUUCCGACAUCUUUAUGUUCUCGCAGCUGAACCAAGAUUAGUCUUACCUCGCGACAUCGACACCAAUAGAUUAGUUUAUGCACAUUUAGCUUUAAAACUGAAAGAUAAAAGUGUUUUACGCCUUAAAGCACCCUGUUUUUUGCCACAAAUGGAUCUAUUGGAAGAAGUGACUCUAGAAGAUGAAAGAUAUUGGAAGAUUUCAUUUGAUAGGCAUCUGAAUUGGAGUAAUUUGAUAACAAUGUUGAAAAGAAAUGGAAUCCUGUUCAUCAAACAAAAAGUUGGUUGCUUACCCUACAAAGAAGACCCUCAAGGGUACAAGAGCAUUCACGCUCAAUGUGUCAUGAAGGAUGCUGUGAGAGGCUGGACUUAUAAGCCUGAUAUGCUUAAAUCAUUCUCAAGCAACCCACUAGUUAUAAACUACACAAAAUAUCUUUUAACUCCAAAGUCAAAUAUGCCUGGUGAAGCUUUGUUCCAGCAUCACUUAUCUGCCGUCCUGUUUCAUUGUGCAUCAAACGAAACUGUCGAAUGUUUACCAUCUAUUAUGCACUUUUUAAAGAUGAUAAAUCAAUCUGAAAAAAUGACUCCUUUCUAUUUGAUUCAAGUUCGUCUGUUAGUUCAUUGUCUUCCCAAGUGUGAUUUUAUUAAAAUGGACUUUUUUGAGGCAUUGAAAACUUUGGUAGAAAACAAUAUGAAAGGUAUGGAUAAAGCUUCACUGAUAAGUUAUUUGAGAGGAGAGAAAGAUCUAUCAGAGAUGGAUACUCAGAUAAACUCGGCUUUAAUUUUCUAUCAAUUACCUCCUUAUGCAUCUUUAGCACCUUUACGAGGAAAAAUCUCUUUUACAGAUGUUUUAUUGAAUAUUCAGCAUUUCAAUUUGUCAAAUACUUCUUUAUUAAUGUUAUCUAAAAUUUUUUCCAACUGAGUUGUCAAAAAAUUGUCUAAUUUCUUAACAACUUUUGUAUGUUUCAUAAUAAAAAUAUUGCUCAAAUCUUUACCUAGUUAAGCAA